GAGAUUCCGCGCGCUUGUCUCCCUCCCAGCGCUAUGGCCCUUUCAGGCCCUCAGUCCGUCCCGUUGGGGGCGCGCGCAGUGCGUGGCUGGCGGCAGCGGCGCCGGCGGCUGAGAGCGCGGGUCGCGUGGCGGUGCGUGGUUGCUAGGGGCGCCUGAGGCCGCCGGCUCGCCUAGCAGGCCAAGGGAAGAAGCAACGCGGAGCCGGCGCCCAGCCGGGGCGAAGCUGAGUCCUCUGGGCCGACGGACUUCAAGGAUGCAGCUGCUACUACUGGAGGUGCAUGGCACCUUACCUGAGCCGGGCCAUGAGGCUAUGUGGCCGUGAUGUGGACCCCUCAUGGCCUCAGCGGGAACAGAGCACUACAGUGUUGGCCUCCACCAGGGAAACAGCUUUAAGCAGAGUGGUCCCUCAGGCACAGUGCCUCCCCCACCACCUGAGAAACCCUCUGAGAGCAAAGUUUGGGCUCAGGCUCAUCAGCAGGUGAAGCCAAUCUGGAAGCUGGAGAAGAAGCACGUGGGGACACUUUCCGCAGGGCUGGGCCCGGGGCUCUUGGGUGUGCCACCACAGCCAGCAUAUUUCUUUUGCCCCAGCACUUUAUGUAGCUCUGGGACCACAGCUGUCAUUGCAGGCCACAGCAACUCCUGUCACCUGCACUCUCUCCCGGGCCUGUUCAGCAAUACCCUGCUGUAUCGCCGCUCCAACUACGGGCACCAACCAUACCAGCAGCUGGAGUCUUUGUGCUUGCGUUCAAGCCUGUCACAAAAAAGACCUUUUUCUCUCCCUCAAAAGAGCCUCCCUGUCAGACUUACUGCCAGUAAGGUCACUUCUUCCAAGGUCUCCCCCAUGGCAUCCUCAUCCACAGAUCCAUACCUCUCACUGGGAGCAGCUGGGGAAAAUCCUUCGGGGAAGAGCCUGGCCUCUGCCAUCUCAGGGAAGAUCCCAUCUCCUCUCUUCUCUUCUUCCUCUUCCUACAAGCCCAUGCUAAAUAACAACUCCUUCAUGCGGCCAAAUAGCACUAAAGUGCCUUUAUCCCAGGCCACAGAGGGCCUGAAACCAGUAUCCUCAACCAAGAUCCAGCUUGUCUCCUGGCAUCAUCCGGGGGGUACUGGAGACUGUGUCCUCCAGCCAGUCGAGCACAAGGUACCCAGGAGCCAUGGUGCUGUCCUGGAUGAGGCCCCUUCCCAGAGCACCCUGUCUACCCCUAGCUCUUUAGACACUUCGACCACCAGCGUUGCCUCUCCCCACUGCAGCCAGAGUAACACAGCCACGAGGGCAGAGCCACAUGGCCUGGAUGGUGAUUCUGUUUCCCAGGCUCUGACUAAGGAGGUUCAGUUCACUGAGGCUGUGAGGAAGUUGACUGCAAGAGGCUUUGAGAAGAAGCCGAGGCAAAGCUAUCAUUUUGAACAGUCUUAUUUCAUGAGCCCCCAUCUGCAGUGGGGUCUCCUCAACAGGAACAGACGAUGGAAGCCUCCUGUGGUAGGCCAGCAGCUCCUCGGGGAGGGCGCUGGGGCAGACAGUGGGGUCCUCCCUGGAGCCUCGGACACCUUGGAGUUGGACAGUACAGUCUUCUGUACCAAACGCAUCAGCAUUCACCUCCUUGCCUCACACACCAAUGGGCUCAGCUGCAGCCCUGCCUGUGGAUCUGCUGUCGACUCCCCACCUCUUAGAGAAGAUAAAACCCCAGUUCUGCCUUCUCCUCCUCAGUCCCUUGGUAUAGCCGAGGUGGCCACCCGUCUCUCUUCCAUCCAUCUGGGCAAACUUGGGAGGGAGGGGCCUAAGGAAGCCAGGGAGCUGGACUCACCUGCUAAGGAUAUUGGUUCAGCUACUGACCUCCAGCUAGACCAGGUUGAAGCUGAAGAUCUGGAAGAAGAGCUAAUAGAUGGGUUGGAAGACUGCUGUAGCCAUGAUGAGAAUGAAGAGGAGGAGGCAGACUCAGAGUGCUCCUCAUUCAGUGCUGUCUCCCGCAGCGAGUCAGUAGCAGUGAUCUCUCGGAACUGCAUGGACAUUCUGACCAAACCCCUUUCCAGUGAGAAAAUUAUCCGACCAGCCCUCAUCUACAGUCUUUUUCCCAACGUGCCCCCUACCAUCUAUUUUGGCACUCAGGAUGAGAGAGUUGAGAAACUCCCCUGGGAGCAGAGGAAGCUUCUCCGGUGGAAGAUGAGUACAGUGACCCCCAACAUUGUCAAGCAGACCAUUGGACGGUCCCACUUCAAGAUCAGCAAGAGAAAUGAUGACUGGCUGGGCUGCUGGGGUCACCACAUGAAGUCUUCUAGUUUCCGAUCCAUUCAGGAGCAUCAGAAGCUAAACCACUUCCCAGGUUCAUUCCAGAUUGGGCGAAAGGACCGACUGUGGCGGAACCUGUCCCGCAUGCAGAGCCGCUUUGGCAAGAAGGAGUUCAGUUUCUUCCCUCAGUCCUUCAUCCUGCCCCAGGAUGCCAAGCUCCUGCGCAAAGCCUGGGAGAGCAGCAGCCGCCAAAAGUGGAUUGUUAAACCACCAGCAUCCGCUCGAGGCAUUGGCAUCCAGGUCAUUCACAAGUGGAGUCAGCUCCCCAAGCGAAGGCCCCUUCUAGUACAGAGGUAUCUCCACAAACCCUACCUCAUCAGCGGCAGCAAGUUUGAUCUGCGAAUCUAUGUUUACGUCACCUCCUACGAUCCUCUUCGGAUUUACCUCUUUUCAGAUGGACUCGUCCGCUUUGCCAGUUGCAAGUAUUCCCCUUCCAUGAAGAGCCUCGGCAAUAAGUUCAUGCACCUGACCAACUACAGUGUCAAUAAAAAGAAUUCUGAGUACCAGGCCAAUGAAGAUGAAACGGCCUGCCAGGGCCACAAAUGGGCGCUGAAAGCUUUAUGGAGCUAUCUGAGCCAGAAGGGAGUCAAUAGUGAUGCCAUCUGGGAGAAGAUAAAGGAUGUUGUUGUCAAAACCAUCAUCUCGUCAGAACCCUACGUGACCAGCCUGCUGAAGAUGUAUGUGCGGCGGCCCUACAGCUGCCACGAGCUCUUUGGUUUCGACAUCAUGCUGGAUGAGAACCUCAAGCCCUGGGUCCUAGAGGUGAACAUCUCCCCAAGCCUCCACUCCAACUCCCCACUGGACAUCAGCAUCAAAGGCCAGAUGAUCCGUGACCUUCUGAACCUGGCAGGCUUUGUUCUGCCCAAUGCAGAGGAUGUCACUUUCAGCUCUAGCAGCUCCAGCAGCUCCACCACCAGCCUGCCCAGCUCCCUCAGGGACAGAUGUCAAAUGGCCCCCGAGUACUUCACUGCACAGAAGAUGAAGAAAGCCUAUUACCUAACCCAGAAAAUUCCUGAUCAGGACUUCUAUGCAUCUGUGCUGGAUGUCCUAACACCAGAUGACGUUCGGGUUCUGGUCGAGAUGGAGGAUGAGUUUUCUCGCCGUGGACAAUUUGAACGAAUUUUUCCUUCUCGAAUCUCUUCUCGCUAUCUCCGCUUUUUUGAGCAGCCACGAUAUUUCAACAUUCUCACCACUCAAUGGGAACAGAAGUACCAUGGCAACAAGCUCAAAGGAGUAGAUCUGCUUCGGAGUUGGUGCUACAAAGGGUUCCACACAGGAGCCAUCUCUGAAUCUGCUCCAGUGUGGUCUCUCCCAACAUCAAUUCUGACUGUCCCAAAGGGCGAUGUGACACUCAGUGCUUUCUCCAAAUCGGAGACUGGCAAGCUGGGAAAACAUGGCUCCUCCGAGGGAAACAUACCACUCUCUGAAGAUGGGACCAUGCCCAAGCCCAAGAAGAUCCAAGCUGGCGUUUCCCUUUUCUCCAGGAAACCCAAUUCCUCAAAGAACAGUGAGGACACCGGCAAAGAGCCUGGCCUCUCCACCCAGAUGUUACCUGUGAUCAAGUACUCUGGGCAGACUUCGAGACUCUCUGCUUCCCCCACCUCCCAGUCAACUGGUGACUCCCUCCUGGCUGCUGUGAGCCCAUGACUGGCCUCUCUCCCCUAACCUGCCCAGGCGCACCAGCAUUAGCUACCUCAUGGGAACCGGCCAGCCGGCCAGCCUGAGCCCCCACCCCCUCCACCUUGCCCCUCCUCAGAGUAUCUUUUGAAGUGGUUGAAUUGUAGAAAUGGGUAUCUGGUGGGCUGGAGGGGUGGUGGGGACGGGGAGAAGGUGAGGAAGGUUCACUGGCUGACACCUCAUAUCUCAGCAGAGAAGCCUAUGAUGGCCACUCAGCCUUAUAAAGCAGGGUUUGGUUUCUACCUUCAGAGAGCCAUGUGUGGUUUGUUUUAGGCCUUGGUGCAGUGAUUGAGUCACAGCUCAAGAGGAGAAAACAUACUGAACAUAUUUGGGCCUGAAGUCCCUUGCUCUGUAAUGACUCUGAAAGUCAUUAUUUCCUAAGGUUUCUUCGUCCCUCCUCCUCAACCCCCUGUCCUGAGAAGCAACUUUCAGGAACCUUCAGACUUCCUCAGUAGAUAGGCAGAGGCCAUGGCAUGCUGAACCGAUUUCCUGUCAUCCUAGUCUUGGGGGCGUCACCACCUCCAGAUCAUUUGUGCUUCAUAUACUCACCCAGCCAAUAGCGCUAGAUCUUCCUACUCUGACCUUACAUCACUCCUUGUUCAACCUUCUGGACUGCUCUCUCAUGGAUGUUACCUCUUCAGCUCUUGGCUUUCUGUGAGAUGAGAGUUUCUGUGAACUUUAUGAAUUUCCCAUGGCCUUAGUAAAGGAGCCCAGAUAAUCCCAAUUGCUGUUGCUUUGUCCAUAUUUCAGAGGGUGCAAUCCAAGAGGAGGGUAGAAGGAGCUGUGGUUUGCCCUGAUUUCCCAAUUUCCCAGGUUGCUAGGGCAGACUGGUGGCCUGGCAGGUGGGUUUUAGGAGUAGUCACUGCUGUGGAAUGGGCUUCCAGUCAGGCUCCAGACUAAACUCUUGUGCUCUGAACUGGAUCUGCCUCCGUCCCCAAGAUUCAGUAAACAGUGAGUUUUCAAUUAAUGCUGACCCCCACUGCGUGAACUGUACGUACGGAGAUCUCACAGGACACGCACAGCUUAACCAGAACCUCUACUUCUCUCCUGGGCUAGAGUGGAGCCCCGGGGGAAGCCAAGGUGGGAGAGUUUAGAUCAGAAAGGAUGUUUUCUCUUGGGAUAUGAUCCUCCUUAACUGGACACUUCCUGGUUGUCCCUCGCCCCUCUCCCCAGCCCUACAGUCCCUUUACUUCAUUUUUCUAGCAGUGGGGCCCAACACAAGCCAACUGGUCCCCUAAUUCUGACACUCAAAUUUUCUCUUUUGCGUAUCAGGCAGGAAGCUCUGCUCAUGGUCUCAUCCUGGGCUUUCUCUGCCUUCAUUUUUGAGCUUUGCAGAGAUGGAAAUUACGUGGCUUCAUGGCUCCAGGAUUUCUGUGGUGAGUUGGGAUGGAGCUCUGGAAAAAUCACUGAGAGUCCUGACUGGGUUCAAGGCCACAUAGUUAAUGUGUGAAGGUCAUGUUGACAGUUGUGAAGAAAGCUUGAUGGCACAAAGUCCAGGGACAUUGCUGCUUAGUGGUAAGAACUUCAAAGUCAGGCCCGCAAGAGAGGUCCUGGACAGUCCUGUUAAAGCUCUUCUGAUAGAAUUGAAGCCAGCUCCCUCUUGCCCUAUGUGGGUGCAAUAUUUUAGUGCAAAUAUUAAAACAAACUUUGUGACAAGGUAAUAAGCAGCCUUCCUAAGAAAACUAGCCACCUGCUUAAGCAGUUCUAUUGUGGCUGAUCCUCUGGUGCCAGGGGUUAGGUGUGGAGGCCUGACUGAGCUGUGCUACUCCCUGGCAACCAGCUUCAAUUCUUUGCCUUCUGAGAAUCCCCAGAUGGUACAACCAAUCCAUUUCCAUUCCCAUAACUGCAGAGGGACCAGCAUUGUAGCACGAUGGGAAGCAGGGCAGUGGGCAGCAGGGAAGGGCUUCGGAAAUUAAAUGAGUGAUGAAAAUAGAAUAUUCUUAGUAGAUUAAAACAUGUUUGCACAUACUUAUAAUUUAAAAUUUUCAUCACCUUUGAGUAUCUAAUAGGUGUGAGUGUGUUGCUGGGUAGGAGAAAGGAAUGAGGUGUGUGUAUCAUACUUCCCUUUCAACCUUGAAAGAAAGUUAAAUCUUGCUUAUUCAGCAUCCAGCAUAAUAUACUUAGCAAUGAAUACCCGCAAUAUAAGGUAUUUGGCUAAAUAAGGAAUUUGGGGGAAGCAAUGAGAUUUGGGGGAAAGUUUAAAUUUGAGGGUAUAGUAGAGUAAAUGUUUGUCAGUACAUGUCAGUUUUUACCUAACUUGGUAAUAUACCCAGUCCCUGUUUGGAGAAAGGGGAGUGAGUGCUCCUGAGUCAAGGAAUGAAGUGUACAGGGUAUUUCUGAGACAGUGGAGUAAGGAUUUGGGAUAUUGGGGCAAGGACAGUGGUCAUUGUUUAUUCAAUUCAAAUUCACUCAAGGUUGAUCAGAAACUAAGGAACUUAGAAUGAAUACUUAAUCAAGAGGUGGCAUGGCGAUAGGAAAAGAACAUAGACCUUGGAGUCUGACCUUGGGUACAGACCUCAGUUCUGCUGUGUAGACUUGGGCAUGUCAUCUAAGUUUUUAGUCUGUUUUUAAAUAAUGAGAACUUAAUACCUACAUUGCAAGGUUGUGAAAAUUAAGCAAAACAUAGUAAAAGCACCUAGAACGUAGAGAGGACUUAAUGCACGGCUUUUCCUUUCUCCAUUUGCUAUCCAAGUCCAGUUCUUUGGGUAGGGAAAGGCAGGCAAGAAGUGUAAAACCCUUUCCACGAGGGAAUGAAGCAGCUGUAGAAACAUUACAGAAGUGAAGAAGGCCAGAACAGGGCCUUCACCCCUACCUUCACCCCAGUGCACACAGAAACCCUAUCACCAUUAUUCAGUCUACUGUUUCACUCUUUGUGGAGGAUUUAUUUCUUUGGUUAAAUAUUUCACAGACAAAAAACAAAUUAAAAGUAUGCGAAUUGGGGUUCUUCAGUCCUAUUCUGUGAGAAGUUUUGAUAAGAAAGGGAAGCAGGGGAGCACCAGGUGCAUGGGGGCUGGAGAUGAGGAGCAGGUACAGAAAAGAGAGACCUUGAACUGGAGCCAAAGAGGUACCGACGAAACAGCUGUGCCAAUGGACACUUGUUACAGGUAUGUUCUUAUGACUUUAGGCUAUUUAGUUGAGGGUGAUUGUCCCUCCUGUCACCCUAGCGAACUUGGCCUUUUAAAUCCCCCUUUGGCAGUAUGCACCCUCGUUAAUGUCAGGCUCCUUUGACUUGACUGUUGAUCAGCUUUGGAGCAUUGAGAGCUGAAGCAGCCUCAUGUUGUUCUUGGCAGAUUUCUCAGAGGUAGAAUAUACAUGAAGGAUCAAUAGCAAGGUCAGCGUUUACCAAAACCCAUUUGUGCCUUAAUUUUUAUAAUGGACUAAGACACGUGGAAUGCUAAGGACUGUCAUGGAGAAAUCUAACACAGUUUUGAAAAAAUAAUGUCUAAGUUUCAACUGGUAAAGUGGGGAGACCAAAGGCUACUUCGUAGGGUGGUUACGAGGGUUCAGUGAGGGGUGGGGUAGCGGGAUGUCCAUAAAGCACCUAGCAAAGUGCCUGAUACAUAUAUAGUGCAGAUUUUACAUAGAUUCUAAAACAGAAAAAAUCCAAAACAGUAACAUCACCAAAAACAUUUUCAUAAAGUAACAAUAACAUGCUAUGUAACAGCAUGUUACUAUUACAGGGGUAUUAUGAGACUAUUACAAUAGCAUGUUGCUGUUACAAAACAGUGAUAAAAAACACUUUGAUUCUGAACAUGGAACAGCAAACUAGGUAAUUUAGUCAAGAUUAUUAGAAAGAUUGGAGCCCUUAACAUUAGUUGUCAGAGAAGUGCAAUUAAAACUAUAAUGAUGCAGGCUGAGAAGCCAAUGGGGUAAAGCUACCAUCUGUGGGGUUAUGACUGAACUUCUAAAUAAGAAUCCCACAAAGGCAGAACCAUAAGGGCAAGUGUGGCUAAGCCUCCUUUGGCUGACCCCACAGUUCCUGCUGGAUGCAGGCAGCCCUCCCUCCGCCAUGAGGCCUGAGCAGAGAGCCUCUAGUCCAGAUGGAGGGGGCUGCUCCCUCACAUGUCGCAUUCCUGGGGAACCUGGUGCUAAACCAUUCGUAGACAAUCUGCUUCUGGGUCAAGUUUGCUGUGUCAUGGAACAGCUCCCUCACAGAUCUAUCAAAAGUCAGCCCUCAACAUAAAGAGUUUGGGAAAAAAUUAAAAGGCUAAAUUAAAAAAAAAGCAAACCCAGAAAACAAAAGGAAAAGGAAAACUACGAGGAGACACCACUUACACAGUAGAAUAGUUCAAAUAACUGAAAAUAUCAAGUGUCUGAGAAUGUGGCGUACAUACAUUGCUGGUGGGAAUGCAAAGUGGUACAUUGGAAAACAGCUUGGUAAUUUAUUACAAAGUGAAACACACUCAGCAUAUGACCCAGCAAUUCACUCCUGCUUGCAAAUGUUCACAGCAGUUUUAUUCGUAAUAGCAAAAACUUGGAAACAACCCCAGUAUUCAGCAACUGGUGAAUGAAUAAACCAAUUGUGAUACAUCUGUUCAGUACUACUUAGAUAUAAAAAAGAAUGAACUAACACAGGCAACAACAUGGAUGAAUCUCAAAAGCAUGCUAAGUGAAAGAAGCCAGAAACAAAAGACUACAUACUUUAUGAUUCCAUUUAUAUAACAUUCUAGGAAAGGCAAACUAGUGACAGAAAGCAUAUUAGUGGUGGCCAAGGACUAUAGAUGAUGGAGGGGAGUGGCUGUUGAGGGGCACAUUGGAAAUAUUCUAUAUCUUGAUUGUGAUGGUGGUUAUAUGAUUGUACAUUUGUUGAAACUCUGAAUUAUACACUUAAGAUGGAUGAAUUUUAUUGUAAGUAAAGCUGACUUUAAAAAGGCCAACAAGAUAGCAUUUCAUGAUGCAUAUGCAAGUUAAAACCACAAUGAAAUAACUCUAGAAUAGUUAACAUUUAAAAGGCAGCCAAGACCAAAUGUUGGAGAGGAUGUACAACAAUUGGGACUUUCAUAUAUAAUUGUUGUGAGUGUAAAAUGGUACAAUCACUGUGAAAGUUUCUUAUAAGUUAACACAUAUUUACCUGUGACUCAGCAAUUCCACUUCUAGAUAUUCUCUCCUGGGCUUGAUCAAAUCAUAUGUCCCGCCAAUUGUGUAUUGUGGCUUUUUAAUAAUAACAAAAAAUUGGAAACAACUCAAAUGUUCUCAACAGAAAAUCAGAUGAACUAUGGUUUGGAAUGCUAGGCAAUAAAAAGAAGCAGACCCACUGAUUUAUGCGACAUGAAUGAAUCUCAGAACUGUGUUGAGUGAAAGAGGGCAGACACAAAAGAAUACAUAUUGUAUAGUUCUGUUUAUGUGGAAUUCAAGAACAGAGGACACUACCCUAUGGGGAUUAAAGUCAGAACAAUGGUUCCCUGUGGGAGUUAAUGGUAUAGUAAGAAAAGGGGCACAAAGGAACUUUCUUGAGUUAUGGUAAUGCUCUGUUCUUGAUUGGGAUGUUGUAGAUGAUACACUAGUUAAAACUCAUCAAAUUGUUCCCUUAAUACCUAUGCAUUAAAGAUAGCAAUUGUUUAAAAUAGAGGUGAAAUUGAGGUAACAUAAAAUUAGCCAUUUUAAAGUGAUAACUGAGUGGUAUUUAGUAUAUUCACAGUGUUGUGCAACCACCACCUCUAUCUAGUUUCAAAACAUUUUCAUUAACCUAAAAGGAUACCAGGGCCCUACUUUCCUCCCCCCAGCCCCUGCUUUUGUUUUUCUGUUUCUAUGGAUUUACCUAUUGUGGAUAUUUCAUAUCAGUGGAAUCAUACAGUAUGUGAUCUCUUGGUGUCUGACUUCUUUCACUUAGCAUGUUUUCAAGGUUCAUCCACUUUGCAGUAUUUAUCAGCACUUCAUUCCUUUUUAUGGCUGAAUAAUAUUACAUUGUAUGUAUUUACCACAGUUUAUCCGUUGAUCCACUGAUGAGUAUUUGGGCUAUUUCUGUGUUUUGGCUAUUGUGAAUAGUGCUGUUGUGAACAUGAUUUUGAGUAUGUGUUCAUGUUGUAUAUAUGUUUUUGAGUACCUGUUUUCAGUUCUUUUGGAUAUUCUAUUAAUUUGCUAGGGCUGUUGUAACAAAGCAUCACAAUUGGAUGGCUUAGAACAAUAGAAAUUUAUUGUCUCAGUUCUGGAGAUUAGAAGCCUGAGAUCAGGGUGUCAGCAGGGUUUGUUCCUUCUGAGGACUAUGAGGGCGAAUCUGUUCCAUGCCUCUCUUCUAGUUUCUGGUGGUUUGCUGGCAAUCUUUGGUAUUUCUUGGCUUGUAGACUCAUCACCCUGAUCUCUGCCCUCAUAUUCGCACGGCAUGUUCCCGUGUCCAUAUCUGUGUCCAAAUUUCCCCUUUUCGUGAGAAUUCCAGUCAUACUGGAAUAGGGCCCACCCUACUCCAGUAUGACCUCAUCUUAACUAACUACAUCUCUGCGCUGUUCCCUAAAAAGGUCACAGUAUGAUCAGUACUUCAACAUAGUAUUUAGGGGCACACAGUUCAACCCAUCACAAGCAUAUACCUAGGAGUGGAGUUCCUAUGUCAGAUUGGCUACUGAUAAUGCUAUGUUAAUGAUGUUAUCAGUCUGAGUUUGCAGCUCUCUGGAAUAAUUAUGAUAGCCGUUGAAGUAUAUGGUAUAUUUAGGGUUUGUAGUUCCCUGAUGCCUAUAUCUGGGAGAUUAUUUUUCCCAAAGGUAGCUGCAACACACAUGCAAUUCUACAACUGACCAUGCCACUCUUUCAUCAGGAAGUGGAGUCUAAUUUCCUUCGCCUUGAAUCUGGGGGAGCACACGACAGCUCUGACUGAAAGAGCGUAGCAUCACUUUUGAAGCUGGGUCAUAAAAGAUCAUGCAGCUUCUGCCUUAUUCUUUGGAACCUUCAUGCUUGCAGUCCUGAGCUGCCACAUGGUAAAUCCUACCCUGCGGCUGCCAUGCUAUGAGGAAGCCAAGCCACAAGGAAAGGCCAUGUGAGGACACUCUGGGCAACAAUGCUUGUCUCUGAGUCAUCAGGCACUUCCGGAUUCUUCCAGCCCAUGGCCUUUGUGUCUUCCAAGCUGAGGUCUCAGACAUAGAACAAAAACAAGUCAUUCCCACUAUGCCCACUCCAAAUUCCUGAUCCCCAGCCUCCAUACCCAUAAUAAAAUGAUUGUUGUUUUAAGUUGCUACAUGUUUGGGCAGUUUGUCAUGCAGCAAUAGCAAAAGUCUAACAUAAAUUUUUGGUUUUACUGUAUAGUACUAGAAUGUUAGAACACUUUAGCUCCAUUUACCCCUUCCUGUCUUUUGCAUUAUUAUUGUGAUAUUGUGAUUUAUAAGAAAUACACAUUUGGUCAUUCAGAUGACCAAAAUAUAUUUCUCAUACACAUUUGGUCUUCAUCCAUGGUUCUGGGCUCACAGGUCCCAAGCCUCUUGGAAUGUCCUGAGUGAUAAGAGCAAUAGGAGAAUCUUUUGUUAUAGUAUUUGGUCUCUUGUCCACAGUUCCUGAAAAUGCUUUAGAGCCAUAAAGGUGAAAUGCUUGUCUUGCUAGUCAUAACAAGCUCCUUUCCACCACAACUAUUUAUGUUAGUUAGGUGGCUUUUGGAAAGCACCUAUGGAUGAGGGCUGGUUGAAAGGGGAACCAAUCAUGCGUAGAGGUUGGAACUUUCAGUUCCACCACCUGAUUUCCAAGGAGGGGCUGGAUGUUGAAUCAAUCACUGAUGGCCAAUGAUUUAGUCAACCAUGCCUAUGUAAUGAAGCCUCCAUAAAAAUCCAAAAGGAGGGCUUUCAGAGAGUUUCCAGGUUGGGGACCAGAAUGCUUCCAUGUGCCACCAUGCCAGGGCCAAAGUCCAUGGAUAUAGAAACUCCUUUGUUCCAGACUUUGUUCCAGCCGGCCCCUUCAUCUGUUGAUUUGUAUCCUUUAAUAUCCUUUCUAAUAAACCAGUAAUCUAAUGAGCAAA